CGCCGUGUGUCGGGCCGGUGCGCAUGUGCAUUGCAUGCUCUCUCGCGGGGUCGGCUGGGGACCAGGGACAUCUGCGGUGAAAUCAAGAGGAGACCGCUGCCGGGGACAUGUGGCGGCCGAUGCGACUGUGCCACUUCCACUGUGCCCUGCUCCAGAGCAGGCAGAAGCCCUGGCCAUGCCCUGCCAUAUUCUUCAGGAGGAACUUCAAGAGCCCACUGCCCAGGACCUCAAGAACCAGGCUGCUGUGGAGGAGGACACUCUCUGCCACUGCAGUGGGGGUGCCCUUGCUCCUCGGAGCCCGCUAUUUCGUGGCAGAGGCGCAGGAGAAGAGGAAACUGCGACUCGUGGUAGAUGGCAUUGGGCGCUUUGGCAGGUCUCUGAAGGUUGGUCUCCUCAUUUCCCUGGACUACUGGUGGUGCACAAAUGUUGUCCUCCGAGGAGUGGCAGAGAACAGCCCGGAGUACAUGGAGGUGAUGUCUGCGUGUCACCAGCGUGCGGCUGAUGCCCUGGUGGCAGGAGCCAUCCGCAACGGGGGCCUCUACGUGAAACUGGGCCAAGGGCUGUGCUCCUUCAACCACCUGCUGCCACCCGAGUACAUCCAGACAUUACGUGUGUUGGAGGACAAAGCUCUUACUCGGGGCUUCCGGGAGGUGGAUGAGUUGUUCCUUGAAGACUUCCAGGCAUUGCCUAAUGAACUCUUCCAGGAAUUCGACUAUCAGCCGAUGGCUGCUGCAAGCCUGGCUCAGGUGCACCGUGCCAAGCUACAUGAUGGCACCUCUGUGGCUGUAAAGGUACAGUACAUUGACCUACGAGACCGCUUUGAUGGGGAUGUGCACACACUGGAACUCCUGCUGCAGAUCAUAGGGCUCAUGCACCCCAGCUUCAGCUUCAGCUGGGUCCUACAGGAUCUGAAGGGGACCCUGGCCCAGGAGCUGGACUUCGAGAAUGAGGGCCGAAAUGCUGAGCGCUGUGCUCAGGAGCUAAAGCACUUCCAUUAUAUUGUGGUCCCUCGGGUGCACUGGGACAAGUCAAGCAAGCGGGUGCUGACAGCUGACUUCUGUGAGGGCUGCAAAGUGAAUGACAUGAAGGCCAUCAAAGCACAGGGGCUGGCAGUACAGGAUGUAGCAAAGAAGCUGAUCCAGGCUUUUGCUGAACAGAUAUUCUACACUGGCUUCAUUCACUCUGACCCCCACCCUGGCAAUGUUCUGGUGCGGAAAGGUCCAGAUGGAAAAGCAGAGCUGGUGCUCCUGGACCACGGGCUCUACCAGUUCCUGGAUGAGAAGGACCGAUCCUCCCUGUGCCAACUGUGGCGGGCCAUCAUCCUGAGGGAUGAUGCUGCAAUGAAGACACAUGCAGCUGCACUUGGGGUACAAGACUAUAUGCUGUUCUCUGAGGUACUCAUGCAGCGACCUGUGCGCCUGGGCCAGCUGUGGGGCUCCCACCUGAUGAGCCGUGAGGAGGCGGCCUACAUGCAGGACAUGGCUCGUGAACACUUUGAAGGCAUAAUGGAAGUGCUCAAGGCACUGCCCCGGUCCAUGCUACUUGUGCUGCGGAACAUCAACACAGUGCGUUCUAUCAACUCAACACUGGGCACCCCCGUUGACCGCUACUUCCUCAUGGCCAAGAGUGCUGUCUCGGGUUGGAGCCGCCUGGUGGGUGCAGCAUACCAUGGCAUUUACAGCAGCAGCCUCUUGCGCCACAUCAAGGUCAUCUGGGAGGCAUUCAAGUUUGAGGUGGCUCUGAGGCUGGAGACCCUUGCCAUGAGGCUCACCGCCCUCCUGUUGCGUGUUCUGGCCCGCCUGGGCCUUGCCCCCCAGGCUGAGGAGGUCUCCCAGUACCUGGAGAUGUAGGUCGCUGCCAGGGGCCAGCAGAGCUUCCAGCCUGGGCACACUGAGCAGGCCCAGUGCAGAUCUCGCAAUCCGUGGCUUGGAAUGGGGAACACAGUAUGGGGCUUUUAAACACAAUGACCACACAGUCAUCUGAAAGAAA